AAUGUCUGAUCAACCAGAAUGUAGUGACGAACGCCCAACUCCAGCUCCUGAAAGCGAAAAGAGUUACUCCCAUCCGGAAGUUGAACCGCCCCAACGCCCAACAGACGAUGACCCUUCGCCCUCCAAUAUCGAUAACAACGAUUCCGAUACUGUCAACUCAUCGCGGGCUAUCGAAAUAUCUCUAGAAGCGGGAAAUGUGGAUAAUUCCUUGUAUUACACGAAGUGGAUUAAAUUCAAUGAGUUUGAGACUCCAAUUGUGACUCAGAACGAGAAUGGACCCUGUCCUCUGAUUGCAAUUAUGAAUGUGUUGCUUCUGAGGAGACUGUUGCAUCUGCAUGAGUCGGAAGAGUAUACGAAUACUACUAGUCUGAUGAAACAUAUAGGACACCAUUUGAUUAACCGAGUCCCAAAAGAGUUCUCAUCAGAUGAAGACAAACUGAACUACGAACACAACAUAUCAGACGCAUUCUCAGUGAUCUGCAAACUCCAGUCGGGAAUCGACGUCAACAUUGGUUUCUCAUCAGUGACCAGUUACGAGUUGACUCCGGAAAUUGUCAUAUUUGAUUUGUUAGGGAUUAAACUGUAUCAUGGCUGGCUUGUCGAUCCUCAGGAUAAAAACCUUUAUUCCGUUCUAGAAAACAAAACUUACAACAAAGCAGUUGAAGUGGCUUUAGAUGAAAACAGUCCAGAAAGUUUUGUCGUGAAAGAUUUUCUAGAAGAUACUUCAAAUCAGUUGACAUAUCAUGGCUUGUUCGAACUAACAGCUGCGCUUAAGGAAUCGGAAGUUGCGGUUCUAUUCAGAAAUAACCAUUUUUCGACCAUCACGAAAAGAGAAGGAAUUGUGUACCAACUGGUAACCGAUCAGGGAUUCGUGAAAGAAGAUUCAGUGGUUUGGGAAGCUUUAUCAUCAGUCUCAGGAGACAAUGAAUUCGUCAAUUCUUUCUUCCGUAAAACAUCACACCUUCGAGCAAGAACUCCCGAACGUGAUAACAAUACAAGUAGUAAAAUUAGCAGUAACGAACCGGUCGACGAAGAUUUUGAGCUUGCACUGCAGUUAGAUAAGAGCGAACAAUGCAAAAAUGAUGAGCAACUUGCACGUACGUUGCAGGAAGCGGAAAAUGUUGCGCAGAACAGAUCUGAUGAUGAUCAUUCAGCAAUGGUACAAAGGGGGGAACAGAACCAAAGAACGACAAGGCGCCCUAGUGCCUGCAGAAGGAGAGGUUCGAAUCAAAGCCAAAAUGGAAGCGAUAAUAGAAAUUGUAUAAUUUUGUAGAUAGAUAUUUAAAUUCAAGUAGCAAUUUUCAAAUCGUGAUGCACUCCUGUUAUGAAACAUCCCGAUUUGAGUGCUUUAUUUUUAGUUGUACUAAAAGCUGCCAAGUGGAAUAAUUUUUCUGUUAUACCAAUUGCCUGGAUGACCAAAAUUCUCAGCGGACAAUUUCUAUAAAUGGAAAAAUAUUAGUCAUACAAAAACUUUGCAUUUUUUCAUGUACGAAAAUGUCAUGACUAAUUUUUGUUACAUCUUCAAAUUUUUCCCUUCAAUUUUUUUUUUCAAAUUUAAUAUCUUCCUUUAGAUGGUGUUCUCAUAACUUAAGUGGCUGACACUUCUAUAAAUGCGAUUUUCACUGAGUUAUUACGCUGGCUAUUAGUCAAAAGUUCUGAUUGUUCCUAAUCCCAAUGGAUCGUACAAUACCAGGGUGUGGAUGUUUCCUC